CCUACACCUUCCCUUCUCUCUCAUUCUGUUAACUGAAAAAUACAAGGCAAUAAUGGAACGCCAAGAGGCAGGGUAUCAUCAGGCGGCGGAGGCGGCGGCGGCGGCGGAGGAAUCGAGGUUCCGGCGUAUCUGUGUCUUCUGCGGCAGCAGCGCCGGCAAGAAUCCGAGCUAUCAAACUGCCGCCAUUGAACUUGGAAAGGAACUGGUGGAAAGGAACAUUGACCUUGUUUAUGGCGGAGGAAGCAUUGGGCUUAUGGGCUUAGUUUCUCAAGCCGUUUACGAUGGAGGACGCCACGUGUUAGGAGUGAUUCCAAAAUCCCUCAUGCCCAGAGAGAUCACCGGAGAGACGAUCGGAGAAGUAAGAGCUGUAUCUGGAAUGCACCAACGGAAAGCGGAGAUGGCUCGUCAUGCUGAUGCAUUUAUUGCCUUACCUGGUGGCUACGGAACAUUGGAAGAACUCUUGGAAGUCAUCACUUGGGCUCAGUUGGGCAUCCACCAAAAACCGGUGGGUUUGCUGAACGUGGAUGGCUACUAUAACUCGCUCUUAUCAUUCAUUGACAAAGCAGUUGACGAAGGAUUCGUAUCCCCAGCUGCCCGUAGCAUAAUAGUUGCUGCCCAAACUGCCCAUGAGCUCAUUUCCAAGCUAGAGGAGUAUGUGCCAAAGCAUUCUGACGUGGCAUCAAGGUUAAACUGGGAAAUGGAACAACAAUUAGGAUAUACUACAAAGUUAGACAUUGCUCGUUAGCUUUAUUAGUAGCCACAUGUAUAGAUUAAUCACCGUAGAUUAAAUCUGAUCAGAAAGUUGCUUUGUAAUAUUUUAUAAUUUUUUCCACUCCGGAUUUAUUUAUCAAAUAGGAAGCUAACU